CGCUCGUUGUAGAUGAGCUGCGUCUCUCCUGUAGAGUAGAUGAGAUCAUUCCUCAGCAGCAGGGGGCGCUGACACAAUACUGAGGUGAAGUCGGACUUUCAUUUGCCCUCAAAGAAUAAACAGGAAGUCAAAGAAACUAACUUCCGGUUAGAUCUGUAGGCUAUUUGUAGUUUACAGACCUCGUUCGGAUUUAUUUAUGUUUAUAAAUAUAUAUUUGUAUGGAAAUAUACAUAUAUCUACAUUGUAUUCUAUCCUUUAUUUCUAUGUUUGUGAAACACUUUGCUGCUCUCUUUGAUAUGUGUUGUAUAAAUAAGCUUUAUUAUUAUUAUUAUUAUUAAUCACAAGAUAUGUUUUUAGAUUAAACCUUUGUUACACAACAUGAGACUAACAGCCAACAGCCGAGUGUUGAAUAUUACAAUUACACAGAAAAUUAGGAUUUUCUACUAAACGUGUUUGUUGUCAAAUCUAAGAGCUAAUCAGCUCUCUGAUCCGGACACAGCCAGGCGUUUCCCAUCAUGCAUUGGGUCACCUGGCUCUAAAAUCUGCGGCCGCCUGGCUCUGGUAAGGUCAUCGUUGACCACGUGUUCAUGACGUCAGAGCAAGUCGUACACAAAUCUAACCGGCAUGCAUUGUGUCAUACAUGUUGUCUCGUCAGGUGACAUCACUGUGACCCAGGCCAACAGGAAGUGCUCUGCUGUCACUGGAAGUACCCGAAAAAUCAAAGAUAACGCAGCCGACUGGCACAACCUGAUGGUGAGGUGGGAAAAACUCAACGAGGACGGAUUCAGCAUAGCAGGAAACCUGGUGGACAUCAGACUGACACGUUCUCAGAGCAAUCAGCUGCUGGUAGUGGACGAGUCUUCAUCACCUUCAUCAGCUCCGUCGCAGCAGACAAGUGGAGCUGCAGAGCUCCAGGACGAAUGCUGCAAGCUGCAGGACGUCAUUGACAAAAUGGUGACACUUCAUUUAACUUAAUUUAACUGAGAAGUUACAGUCAACAAAGAUGAAACUCUGGAGAUCUUUUCUUGCAAUCAGGAGAUCAGAAUAAAACACAUCAUUAGUAAUUAUAAGGUUUUCUCUUUAUUAUGAAUUAUUACGUCAUAAUCAUAUGGAGGAGGAUCAGGGAACGGUAACUACAUGUAGUCGUGUUAAUGUACCGACGCGCAGUCGCGUUAGGGUCAUGACGUGUAGUAGCG